GUGGAAUCGUUGUAAUGGACAGGGUCAAGGAAGCAGUCAAGAAGACGAAGAAGGAUUGGGAUGACGAACACGGACGGAUCAAAGAUACGAUUUCCUCAAUUCAAGUGUUCGGUAAAUUGUCAAGUUCAACUGGAGAACAAAAAAAUUCACUUCCCAGACUGAAUGGCCUUGCUCAGGAUGGGUUGGCUCAGCUCGAAUUGUUCCGAUUUAAUCUCGAUCUUCUCGCUCCUCAGCUCCCCAACGAUGAUGAAGUUGAAGCUGUUCAAUUCCUGCUUGAAUCCUGGAAACAGGACAUCCAAAGUUUACGAGUAAGUUUGAGAAAUGCUAAUUUGGAAGCCAAGAAUAACCGGAAGAAGGAAGCACAAGAAGAGAGAGAACUACUUUUGGGGGGAGGAACAGAGUCCACAAUUCGAAGGCGCAACUUACAAACCAAAAUUGGAAUGACAUCAGCAGCUGAAAGCAUCACCGAAAGCCUUCGACGAACUCGACAAUUGAUGGUUCAGGAGGUUGAAAGGAAUGUCAGCACACUUAUGACUGUUGAGGAGUCAACUGGAGUAUUAAAGAAAGCUGAAAGUGAAUAUAAGGGGCAUCACUCAUUGCUGAUGCGAACUCGAAACUUACUCUCCACCAUGCAACGACAAGAUGUUCUGGAUAGGAUAAUACUGAUAAUUGGGUUUAUGCUGUUCUCGUGUGCGGCUCUGUAUGUUGUUUCUAAGCGUAUUGGCAUACUGAAGUUACAAAGGAAAGUUACUGCGGCUAUUAAGUCUGGUAUGGCUGCAGUUAUUACUCCACAACAGAUGCACGAUGAACUUUGAGACUUCAGUUUUGCACAUUCAUUCAUUUAUCAUCUCUAUGUAAGUAAAGUAAAAUCUUAUUAUUAUCUCAUACUAAUUACUAAGCCCCCAUAAUAUGUGCAGCAUAAUAAUAUUAAAUGUUUU